AUGAUGUUUCUUCACCGGCUCGGCUUCUGCUCCACUCGCUCCGACGCCUCGCUAUUUGUCUAUCGACAGGGCCAUGAGAUUGCAUACCUGCUCCUCUACAUCGACGACAUCAUUUUGAUGGCAUGCGCCGUUGAUCUUCUUCUUCGGCUUACUAAUCGACUUCAUGUUGAGUUCACCAUCAAGGACUUAGGGCCGCUAGACUACUUCCGCGACAUCGAGGUGGUACAACGCGUGGACGAGUUCUUUCUUCACCAGUGGAAGUACGCUCAUGAGUUGCUUGACUGCGCAGGGAUGCUCAACUGCAAACCCGCGACCACCCCUGUCAACAUGAAGGCCAAGCCCUCCUCCACCGUUGGUUUGCUGACGCCAGAUGCCCCCUUCUACCGCUCGAUUGUGGGUGCUCUCUAG